UUUUGUGUUGACAAACAGAAAAUACACUUUCGUCAAAGCUCUCACAAAAUUUGAUCUUCAUUAAAAUUAAGUUUAAUAGGGUUUAAUGUAGUUAAUUUAAUCAACGCCAAAAUGCCGCCCCGAUCCCGAGUGGCGAAUAAUUCUCGCAACACGCAGCGCGUAGCGAGGACCUCGUUAAAAGCAUUACUCCUCAAAUAUUAUCGACUACCUCUGAAAUUGUGUGUGUACCUUGGGUUGCUGGUGGUGGCCGCUAACGUUGCUAGAAGCUUCUGGGAGAGCAUAUUCAUUCAGAAGGAAAUAGCUGAUGUGAAGUCUAAUCUGCUUAAUUUAAAAGAAACAGUGAGCAAAGUCGGCAUCGCGUACGAUCAACUCUACAAAGAACUGGAAGAACUAGCAGCACUCACUGAGCCCAACAAGACUAAUUCUAUGACUGUCAUACAAACUGCUACCGAUAGAAUAGUUAGUUCUAUCGUGGAAACUACACCUGGAGCUGACGUGCAAAAGGUCGUUAAAAAUGAAAGCCAGUUUAAAGUUGUAAAGGAACCGAAUAUGCCGUUUAUUCAGGAGCCAGUUAUAGUAAAUCGCUGCCAUGAAUGUAGCUGCAAGAAAUCUCAAUCACGGUAUAGCCAGCCUUCCUGGUUAUUUUAAUAGAACAUUAAUCAAAUAGUAAGUAAACUGUACCUGAAUCUGAAUCAAAAUAAAUUAAAGAAUUUUAUAGAUACCGAAAUCUGAAAUAAUAAAAACCGUUAAAUUG